AAAUAAUAAAAGUACUGUUUACGUUAGUAUCUUUUUACAAUUAUUUACAAAGAUAUGUCUAUAAAUUAUCAUACAAGUGUAUGGUCUUCAUUUUCAAUAUUACCACAUGUAGUUCACCCAAUACUUCACAUGAGUUCAGUUAGGAAGCAUAGUAAACGUUGGAAUAAACAAUCAGAGGACAAGAUUUAUGAAGAUGACGGUGAUGAUGUUAAUGAAGAACAUAUAACAGACAUUUUAUUAACAUUUGUGCUGGCUGUUGAUUCUGAAACUCUGUUAAAUAGAGAAUCUACUAUCACACGACCAAAGUCAGUUAACUCAAGCUCAUCUAGUUUAUCUAACGGACAUAACAAUUUUAUGUAUUUUCAUCUAGAAUACUCAAUAAUGAAUAAAGAAGAUUUUUUAUUUUCUACAGAUGUGGUAGUAUUUUCAAAAUCCAUUGCUAAAAUUUACCCAACCAACUGUUCAUCAAAACUAAUAAAUCCCUGUGAAUUUAACGACACUUUAUGGAUUGUAUGGACCGAACAAAUACCAAUAGUGAUUACGGAUGAAAUAAUUAUUGACUUUUGGAACUUAACACAAACUGGUGGCAUACAUGUUAAAUGUUGGGAUCAACGAGAAAAAUGUUCAAUUCAGACAAGAUUUGAUAGACCAAGAUCUGUCAAUAUUAACAGUAACAAACAGUCUGAAGAUAGUUUGAAGGAUGAUAACAAGUUAAGUGAAGUUCAAUCUAUAAUAACCACGUUAAAUUCUUAUCGUAAAAAUUCAACGAAUGUACAGAUGAAUAGUUCGAUUGCUGAGAGUGUUUCUAAGAGAUGUAAAACAACAUUACAAUCAAAAACAAAAAAGCAUAUAAAAGACGUAAAUACAUCUAACCAAUCUUGCAGUAGUACAAUGAAAGUAUUAUCUGCUGGUCAUAGUUCAAGGAAAACUGACAGAAUCCAAAAUCCUGUUGAGAGUUGGGGAACAUGUUGUUUAGUAUUACAAACAGGACAUUUAUUUCGUAUAAAUCCACCAGAAUGGAUUGUAGCGUGUAAACCAUUGACACAUACUAAUAAUCUAUCAUUGAAUAAGCCACCACUAUCUUCAGUGACUUUAGAAUUAGAGAGUAAUUUUAAAGAUAUAUUAGUUGGUAUGAAACUUUCUAAUUCAUUGAUGUCUGAUCGACAGAGGCAGAAAUUUCAGCCAAUCAUAUUGACUAUCGACAGAUUACGUAAUCUUCCCGUUGCUCCAUAUAGAAGCUAUGAAGAAAUGAGAAAUAAAUGUGAACCAAUACGAUUAGUAACUACAUUCUCUGAUGUAUGGAACCAUCAGUCAGGUGAAUAUGUUCAAGACAAAGAAAUAUAUAUGGAUGAAGUACAGGUUAUCCUAACACAUGAUAUUCCUGGAUCAUAUCUUCGGGAAUUGGUACAAACUUUCCCUGUAGUCAUUGAUGUAUAUGACAGAGUGUGCCAUGGAGAAGAAACAACUGAAGUUAAACAACUGCCUGAAAAUGGUUUAUUUUGCGCUGAGCCAGAUGAUGAUAAAAUUGGAAAAGCUCAACCAAAUUUAAAAACAAAUAUAUUUUCAAAGAAAUGUAUAGCUAAUUAUGUAUCAGAGAUAAUAGAAAAAAUUCAAUUAUUUAUAAUAAAAUCAAAUGCACGUUCAAUUGGUAUAUCUGAUGAAUUACCAUUACCUAUGAUUAAAGCAAAUUUAAAUUCUAUACAAUCACAAUAUAUGCCAUGUAUUCAUUCAAAUCUAUCUAAUUUUUUAUUAUCUAAUUCAAAUAAUAAUAAUAACAGUAACAGUAAUAAUAAUAUUACUACUACUAAUAAUAAUAGUAACAAUAAUGAUGGUAAUAUCAAUAAUAAUAAUAAAUGUAAAUAUAAUAAUUUUCAAUUAAAUAAUCAAUUUAUCACAGGUUUUCAUUUAAAUGAUCAAGAUUUUAAUUUAAUUAUAUUAGAAAUUGGUGAUCAUUUAAUAAGUCAAUAUUUAGAAAAUUUAUUGAUUCAUUGUUUAUAUAAAUAUAAUCAAUAUUCAAUUAAUUAUUCAACUAAAAAAUGUAAUAAUGUGAAAUUUUUUAAAAAUAAUCAAUUAUUAUAUCAUAAACGUUUAUAUACAUCAUUAAAUUGGUAUUUAUUAGAAUAUAAAAUGUUAAUACCAAUCAAUCAAUUAAUCAAUAAAUCAAUAUUUUAUAUACGUGAUUUAAUACCACGUAUUAUUUAUUGUGCUAUUUAUAGAAUAAUCAAUAUAAGAUUAUAUUAUGAUAUAUUAUUAUAUAAUCGAUAUUAUAAUAUAUAUCCAACUAGUAAAAUGAUGAAUGAAUUAAUUAAACAAUUUUGUAUUACAUCUAAUUUAAUCGAUGAUUAUUCAUUAUUAUAUAAUAAUAUAUCAAUGAAAUCAUUAUCUAAUAUAAAAUAUAAUAAUAAUGAACAGAAUCAAUUCAAUGAAAAUGAUAUUGUUCAUAUAAAAGAAAAUGUAAAUAAAAUAUUGAAGAAAAAAAACAUUUUGUUAAAAAGUAUUAAAUAUAGAAAUGAUAAUGUUAUAUCCUAUUGGUGA